UGACAGGGAGCUGAGCGGGCCUGCUGGUUACUGUGGACAUUUUACAGCAAGUGUCCUGUUUUCUUCAGCACAAGAAACAACUAAACUGCACUGAAGUCAGCCCAAAGCAUGAGGAGCUGGAGCAAGAAUAUCAAAAAGGCUGACAGUGACUCCGGUGACUCCUCCGGGAAGAGGAAGUCGAUCAGCGACGUACGGCUGCCCGUGUGGGUGACUCACUCACCGGCACCUGAUAACAUCACAGACAAUGACACAGACUCCACAGGCCGCGUGUCCUGCGCGCCGUCUAAUGCAGGAAAAGACACCAAAGGUCGCAUGAAGGGCCUAUUAAAAUCCCUCAUCCCUCAGUCGUGGGGAAGCCUUAAGAACAAAUGGACCAAGGACACCAACAGAACAAAUGAGUGUGAAACCAGCAUCACCAAGCUCCAGAUUCUUCCCAAUGGGACCAGAGUGAGUCCUCCUGUGAGCCCCGUACUGGACCACAGAAACUGGGAUGCCAAGGAAGAGUCGGUGGCCAGCUCCACUGAGAAUUCCCAUAAUCCUUUAUUAAGGAAGCACUCCGUUGAGGAUCUCUUCUACCAGGACCCACGAGAGGAAUCUGUGCUCACCAGCAUCCACCCUGCAGAGUACUAUGCAGAAAAGGUAGAGGUGUAUAAGCUGAAAUACUCCUAUCUGAAAUCCUGGCCAGGAUUGCUGAGGCUCCUUGCCGGACUUGAGCUGUUGUUUGGGGGGAUGGUGUUUGCCUGCAUCAUUGCUUACAUCCAGAAGGACAGUGAGUGGUCCAACACAUAUGGUCUCUAUAAUGGGAUAUACAACAAUGGCCUGGGCCUUUCCGGGUACAGCUACAGAGGUCCAAUGACCCCGUUUGUCCUGGCUGUGGCUGGCAUCUCUUGGAUCUUGACGUUAAUUCUCUUAGUGAUGGGACUGACUAUGUACUAUCGUACGAUCCUUCUGGACUCCUCCUGGUGGCCUCUGACGGAAGCGUUUGUCAACGUGACUGUGUUUUUGCUCUACAUGGCUGCAGGAAUUGUCUACCUGAAUGACUUGAACCGCGGUGGGCUGUGCUACAUGACAGUUGGCAUUAACCCCAUCAUGGCCAACCUGUGUCGGGUUGAUGGGGGUCAGAUGGCUGGAACGGCCUUCAUCUUCAUCAAUAUGGUGAUGUAUCUCAUAAGCUUUGUGGUUUGUCUGAAGAUGUGGAGGCAUGAGGCUGCACGCAGGGAAACCCAAAACUUUGAUAACAAGUCUCAAGAUGAGUCUCCUCAGUCCAUCCCACUAAAACCCCAAAACCUAAAGCAGAUUGCAUUUACUGAUGAGAAAGAUGGGUUUCUGAGUGAAAAUCCAGUGAAUCAGCAGCCACGUGUUCCUGGAGCCAACAAGAGUCUUGUCGGUGCAAGGACAGGCUUUACCCCCAAAGUCCACGUGGUGCCAGACUACAUCAUAAAGUACCCAGAGAUCAGCUGUGCGGAGGAAAGAGAAAAGUACCGAGCCGUGUUUAAUGACCAGUAUCAGGAAUACAAGGACCUGCACGCUGACAUCAAUGCCUCGCUCAGCAAAUUCACACAACUGGAUGCUAUGAUGGCCCGACUACUCAGAGAGGGAAAACACCACGAGGAUCAAGACAGGAUUCAACGCAUUUUGAUGACGUAUCAGCAGAAGAAGAACGAUCCGGCCUUCAGAGAGAAACAAGAACGGCGUGCCUACCUGAAAGCUAAAUUAAGCCACAUCAAAAACAGAAUCCGCAGCUUUGAUCAGGAUGCCAUGGCAAAUGUGUCACAUGAAAAAUAACAC